AUGGAUCCUCGUAUGAUAAUUGAUGAAAAGCCGCAAACAAGUUCGACUUUUGAUCCAUAUGUAAUCAAGUAUGAAGCACUGAAAGCAAAAUAUUCCUAUAUUCAGGAGAGCAACAAUUUGUUGAGAAAUCGUCUCUAUCACGUAAAAAAGGAAAUUGUUUAUUUGGAGAGAUUAAAGCGAGUUCUUUGCAAUAAGCUUCUUGCAAGUAAUGAUGAAUUUUUUGUUGCACAAUUGGAGAUACCAGAUGAUGAAGGUGGCAGCAGUGAGGAGCAAAUGAAGAAGCGAAUGGUGCCACUCAUUCAAUCGAUCACUCAACAAGAGAAUCGAUCCAAAGAAGUUGGGCACCCUUCACCAGCCAGACCACCAAGGAAGAGGAAACCGCCACCAAUGAAUCACGGGAACACUCAAAUGCAAUCCUUUCCAUUAUCCAUUCCAAUCUCGUCCACUCCCACCUCAGCCUCGUCGAGUGUUCCCCAAUCGCCGCUAGCCGCCUCUUGUUCAACUCCACCGAUUUUGUUUAACUCAGAUCCUCAG